CCACCACCAGAGUGUGUUGAACCUUUGUAACCUAAACACCUUCAAAUCAUCCAUCCGCAUUUGCAUCAUUGUUGUUGUGUCUAAAAAUAAAUUUUGCUAAUUAAUUAUCAAUAUAAAAAAUUAAAAAGCAUUAAAAAUGUCGAGUACUUCGCAAAAGCAUAAGAACUUCGUAGCCGAGCCGAUGGGAGAAAAACCAGUCACAGAUUUAGCUGGUGUCGGUGAAACUUUGGCAAGGCGGUUAGAAGCUGCCGGCUUUGAUAAGGCGUACGUGGUGCUAGGACAGUACUUGGUGCUUAAGAAAGAUAAAGAGCUGUUCCAAGAAUGGAUGAAGGACGUCUGCUCAGCGAAUUCCAAACAGUCGAACGAUUGUUACCAGUGUCUUAAUGACUGGUGUGAUGAAUUUUUGUAAUUUUGUUUUAAUAUAUUAUCUUUUUAUCAUUAUAAAGGUAGAUAAUUCCGAAAUGUGUCUAUUGUCUAUUAGAAAAUUAUAAGAUUGUUUUGUGUCUGAUUCAGACACAAUGUUGCUAAUUAACUCUAAUGAUAAUUAAUACUAAUGAUAAAUAGUUGAUUAUAUUUUAAUCGAAAGAUAUUUUUAUAUACUGAUAGUUAACCAAAUAGACUAAUGUAAUGUGUUUCUUAUCGCAAAAAUGAUUGUAUUUUAAUAUCUAAUUAAUUCUUGUCUCAGAUAAAAUAAAAAUGUCACUAAUUAUUGUAAAAACUUGACGGAUGUUUGGUAUCUUUAGUGACACUGAUAAUUAAAAACAAAGAGAUGUUUAUUUUAUACACAAGUUUAAUUACCAUAAACAUAACAAUGCAUGUAUUGUAUACAAAUAAAAGUAAAUUUUCUUACAGUGGUUUUAAAAAGUA